CCGUAGACUCAAUUCUGAUUUCGUCAAGAAGCAAUAUGAAGUCCAUAAUAAUACUUUGUAUUUGCCUGUCCGUAGUUAUUGUUGCAUCGUCAGAGCAACAACAACAGCAGGAGGAUUCCCGGCGGAGGCUGCAGCGGCUUAGUUUACAACUCGUCGAUGACCGGGACGACGAUGACAGUUCGCACAAACAUGAUCAUAACACUCGAGAUAGAAACGAUGACGUAGAAAGCAGUGAUAGAUACGACAAACGUGAUAGAAGUGACGACUCAUAUCAGAAGCGUGAUGACCGCCGUGAUAGAAAAGACAGACGUGACAGAAGCGACAGUCGGUUUGAGAGGCGUGAUGAUGAUCGCCGUGAUAGUCGUGACAGGAGUGAUAGACAUGAUAGCCAAAGGUCUGAUGACAGGCAAGACGAUGACCGUGACGAUGACUCUUCGCGCUCUUUGAGAUCAUACUAUGGUCAUUCGUACUCAUAUCCCUACCAAGAUUAUAAGGGCUAUAAUAGUUAUAAUCAGUAUUCCUACCCACGCUCUGAGUACAGCGACAACUAUCCGUAUGCCUACAACCACAACCAUUAUUAUAAAUAUAGUAAACCGUACGGCGACUACUCAUAUUAUAAGAAUUACUACGGGCAUAAUGAUGACUACGGCUACGAUUAUUACAAAUACAAAUCCUCCGAUAACUACGGUGACCAUUCUUAUUACAAAGGAAACGAAUACUACGGCUAUCCUGAUUAUUCAUACAAGAGUUACGGCUAUUAUCCACGAUCUUCAAAUGAUGAUUAUUCCUACAAAUACUACGACCAAUACUACGGAUCGUCUUACUACCCAUACUACAAAGGCUAUUAUGAUUCGUCUUACUACAAAUACAAAUACUACCCACAAGGCCGCGACGACGGCUACUACAAUUACGACAACUACUACAAAUACAAACCGUACUAUCCCCGUUCAAACAGCCGAGAUGAUGCCCAUUAUUACAAUUCUUACGACCAAUCCUAUCAAUACAGUGCUUACAAACCAGCCAGUACCGACCACCACUACAGCUACUACCCUUAUAUGAGUAAACCGGCGCGGUAUCUCAGACGACCAGACGAAGAUCGCGACGAUCAAGACCAAGACAAAUGAUUCCGCUAUCGAUAAACACGACCAACAUGGCUGCCGUUUCCUGGACUAAAGAAUUACAUAUUGAAAUAAAAUAAGCUGCAAUUA